AGCCCCUCUUCUUCCUCCGUCUGUUCUCCCUCCCUUCUGGGGCGCGUCGGUGCCAGGCAGCAGCAGCCGCUGCCGCCUUUCAGGCUAAGAAAACAUGGCUGAUCCUUGGCAAGAAUGCAUGGAUUAUGCAGUUGUUUUAGCAAGGAAAGCUGGAGAUAUAAUCCGUGGAGCGCUCAAAGAAGAAAUAUCUGUUAUGACUAAAAGUUCACCAGUAGAUCUAGUGACAGAAACAGAUCAAAAAGUAGAAAACUUCAUUAUUUCUUUGAUAAAGGAAAAGUAUCCUUCUCACAGUUUCAUUGGAGAAGAAUCUGUUGCAGCUGGAGAAGGCAGCAUUUUGACAGCUAAUCCAACAUGGAUUAUAGACCCUAUUGAUGGAACUACAAACUUCGUACACAGGUUUCCAUUUGUGGCAGUUUCAAUUGGCUUUGUUGUUAACAAAGAGAUAGAAUUUGGAAUUGUGUACAGUUGUGUAGAAGACAAGAUGUACACUGCCAGGAAAGGGAAAGGUGCGUUUUGCAACGGUCAAAAACUUAAAGUAUCAGGCCAGCAAGACAUUACCAAAUCCCUUUUGGUAACAGAAUUGGGAUCAAAUCGGGAUCCAGAGACUAUAAAAAUAAUUCUUUCUAACAUGGAAAGACUUCUCAGUAUUCCUAUUCAUGGGAUAAGAGCUGUUGGUACUGCUGCUGUGAACAUGUGCCUUGUGGCAACAGGCGGAGCAGAUGCCUACUACGAAAUGGGAAUUCACUGCUGGGAUAUGGCAGGGGCUGGAAUCAUUAUUACUGAAGCAGGCGGAGUACUGCUCGAUGUAUCAGGUGGACCAUUUGACUUGAUGUCUCGAAGAAUAAUUGCUGCAAGCAGUCGAGCUGUAGGAGAGARAAUAGCUAAAGCACUUCAGAUAAUUCCUCUGAAACGGGAUGAUGCAGCAAAUUGAAUACCAAAGCUACGCCUUAGUAGUAUAGAUACUGUGGUUGUCUUGCACMGUCGUAUACUUGUUGUUCUCUACCAUGAACCUGAUAAAGAGGUAGUUAAAUAGAGGCUAGAUUUUCCCUACUGAUCGCUGAAGGUAUGACUAUGAAGUAGUAUUUUGAGAUUGGACCAACAUGGUGGUGUUAUGGAAUAAUUCUAAGCAAAUUUUUACUGUUAAGUAUUUUAUAUCAUGAUUGCAUAAAGAUCUGUAAAAAGAAACAUACAAGCAGCUAGUGUUUAUGCUUUAUAUUAUACUGGAAGGCAUAUCAAGAGAUUUUAGUCAGAAAUGUGACAAAGCGGUAAAAGUGACAAAAUAACGUUUACUGCCUUAAUUACAGAACUUCACAGCUGGUCUUGUAUCCAAAAAUACCAAGGCAUUAUUAUUUAUGCAGUCUCUCUCUCCCUAUUUCUCUUGACUGUUAGGGUUUUUUUUCCAGCAUCAUCAGCCUAUCCAUGUCUUCAGCUUGUUCCUGUUUUUUGUAAAUAGGCCACACAUUUCUAAACUUUAUUCAGUUGCUGCUAGUUGGGGCUCAAAUUUAGAUCCUUUGUUACCCGCUAGUGUUUUUUUACUAGUCUUUAUAAAAAUUGUUGCACCUUAGUUUUGGUAGAUUAACACAAACUGUUCUUUGGUCUCUUAUGUGUCCACUGCAUUUGCCAAUUUAUUACGGUAGCAAAGUAAGAGAAUGCUCUGAUAUAAAUACAUGUCCUAGGAAUAAGCUCUGAGCAUACUGGCUCUCAGCAAAUGGCUUUACAUGAAAUUAAAAUGAAGUAUGGUUGGAAAUUGAUCAUUGGAAAUGCAGGUUAUUAAGUCCUGUAUCAUAUAUUUGUCAGAUAUAAUUUCCAUUAAUCGUUUUAGGGUAUCCCCACAGAGGAGAGUAUUGCAAAAUUUUAAAGAAUCUUUAAAACCGAAGAGAGUUUAAAGUAAAUCUGAGAGUUAGGAACAAACUAAGCCAAAAGCCCAAAAUUUUCACCUUUUUUGUGAAUUUUGUCAGUGACUGAACAGUAUCAGGUUUCCAUAUGUUACAUUCUCUACGGGCACAUAAGAAGAUACAUACUUAAAGCUAAAGAAAGAACUCUAAAAAGGUUUAGUAAUUUAAUUCUUGGUGUUAAUUGUUCCAAAUGCACCAAACUAUACCAUCGGGUUUUUUUUGUUAUUGUUUUUCGUUUUUGUGUUGCAGCUUUUCAGAAGUGUCAGUGUASUGUACAAAUAUGUAGUGCACUUUAAAAAGUUAUUUAACUUCGUUUUUGCACUGCGUUCUAUGUCAAGUUUCUGAAAAAAGAAGUUGUUUAUUUUGAUGGUCUGCUCAGUACAUGGCAGUGCUUCAGAAAAUAAGGCUACACGUACAGCUGUUCCACUGUUUGUUUUUAUUUUGGAAGAUGAUGAUGUGUCUUGAAGUUCCAGCAGGUCUCUCAAAUCUGAGUCUUCUAUAUCAUUUUUUUUGCAGAUUUUGCAAAACGGUUCCUUAAAAUUAUUUCUAGUAUCAGAUAAUUAACAUUAAUUAGAUUAGCACCUGCCUGCUCUUCAAAGACCUUACCGAAAGUCUAGACUUACCUUAAUUUUAAUUUCCAUUUUACUUCUAAGGCUCCCAUUGGCAGGAAUAAGAACUUCUUGUGUGUUGCACUGUAAUAUUAUUGUUAUAAUUGAUGAGGGAUCAUUGCUUCAUAAUAAUUCAUUGUUUUUAAAGUCUGCUGUACCAUUUCCAUGGUUGUUGCACACAAUAUGAACUAUGCAGAUUAUUUUUUGUAUGUUGAACUGAUUUAUUCUGUGAAAUGGAGACGUGUCUAAAAAUACUUGAGAU